UAGCGGGUUGAGGAAGGGAAAGAACUUUUGGUGAGUCCAUGUCCUUCCUUGCGAGCAUCUCUCGCUAGUGGCCCUGGAAAUAGUAUCAAACAACGCUGGUAGUGCUGGCGUAGCAACCAUGAAUAACGAUGACCGCAUCCACAACAGGCGGGAAGAAGAUCACAGCAACGCGGGGAGUACCGUCACAAGCCAAGACUCCAGAUUCAAUCAGACCCUCAGGAAUGUUCAAGGCUUGCUGAAAGGUCGUAGCAUCCCUGGUAAAAUAUUAUUGACUCGGAGACUAGACCCGCUAGAUAACUCAAAGGAAUAUUCGCCAAGAUAUGAAAGGAGCUUCUCCUUCAAUGAUGCCGGCACAAGUGAUCACCCAGCUAAGGCUGCAGAGGAAGAAGUCCAGAGUACAAGUAAACCAGUCAAUGUUUCCAAUGUGAAUAAGUUGAAAAAAUCAAGUUCUGACAUUGACAACCCAUCUGAGGAAGUCCAGAAAUCUUUCGUGGGGGCAAGGGCUACAGACUCUGCAAGAGUUAUGAAGUUCACUAAGGUGCUUUCUGGGUCGACAGUAAUAUUAGAGAAGUUGCGUGAAUUAUCUUGGAGUGGAGUUCCAGAUUACAUGCGCCCUACAGUGUGGAGGCUUCUCUUGGGAUAUGCACCACCUAAUUCAGAUAGAAGGGAGGGAGUUCUGAGAAGGAAGCGCCUGGAGUAUCUUGACUGUGUUUCUCAGUAUUAUGAUAUUCCUGAUACCCAACGUUCAGAUGAUGAGAUUAACAUGCUUCGCCAGAUUGCUGUUGAUUGUCCAAGAACUGUACCUGAUGUUUCAUUCUUCCAGCAACCACAAGUUCAGAAAUCAUUGGAGCGCAUUCUUUAUACAUGGGCCAUUCGGCAUCCUGCAAGCGGAUAUGUUCAGGGAAUAAAUGAUCUUGUUACGCCGUUUUUAGUUGUUUUCCUAUCAGAAUACUUAGAAGGGAGCAUAGACAAUUGGUCAAUGUCUGAUUUACCCUCAGAGAAAAUUUCUAAUGUAGAAGCUGACUGUUAUUGGUGCUUGUCAAAGUUGCUCGAUGGUAUGCAAGACCAUUACACAUUCGCUCAACCAGGAAUUCAGAGGCUUGUUUUUAAGUUGAAGGAAUUGGUCAGAAGAAUAGAUGAGCCUGUUUCUAGACAUGUGGAGGAACAAGGACUGGAAUUUCUUCAAUUUGCUUUCCGCUGGUUCAACUGUCUUCUUAUCCGUGAGAUACCCUUCCAUCUCAUCACACGCCUUUGGGACACAUAUCUUGCUGAAGGAGACGCCUUACCAGAUUUCCUUGUGUAUAUAUUUGCCAGUUUUCUCCUGACGUGGUCAGAUAAGCUUCAGAAGCUUGAUUUCCAAGAGCUGGUAAUGUUCCUUCAACAUCUUCCAACUCAAAACUGGUCUCACCAAGAGCUUGAGAUGGUGCUCUCUCGCGCCUUCAUGUGGCACAGCAUGUUCAAUGACUCUCCCAGCCAUUUAGCUAGCUAAGCGGGCAACUGUGUGAUGGUGUUUGGUUUCCUUUGUAGUUAUUCUCUUACUGUUCAGUUUAUCUCAGACUGCAACUUACUCCGCGUAUGAGCUUUUUUCCCUUGUAAUAUUUUGUAUCGGGCAACAUUUCAUUGUGUAGAUUUACUAAAGAAGAGAGAAAUAUAAACAGUUGGAAGAGAAAUGGAAUUUUUGUUGCUUUUAUUUGUUAGACAAUUUCAUGG